AUGAAUUCUGUCAUCGAGGACGAGUACUACGCUGUCGGCGGCAAUAGGCAUAGUGCAGCGGCCGACUGGUCACUCGCCUCUGGGCUUCUUGCCUUUGGCGCAGAUCAAAAUGUGGCCAUCUGGUCACCAUUGAAUAAUGAUUCGAGUCGUGGCAUCUCAGCGCUGCUGUCCGGACACACCUCGAAAAUUACAACGAUCAAAUUCAUAUCGUCCAAGAGUGGUGGCUCGGAUGAAUUAAUAGUGACUGGUUCCGCUGAUGGAGAGAUCCUGCUGUGGCAACAUGGUAAAACCUGCUGGACACAUGCCGACAAGGCUGCAGCUCAUCGAGGGUCCGUCAACACCAUUGCAGUUCUGGAAAACAGCAAUAUGUUCGUGACUGGAGGAGCGGAUGCAAAAGUCAAGCUGUGGAAAGUCCAGGAUGGUACAUUGGAAACACUCUCGACGCUCGAAUUGAAGCCAAAGUUCAUGCCGCUUGCUCUGGCACUUGGACCCUUUCAAGCGACUUCCAUCGAUUCAGCAUUCUUGGUGGUUGGAGGUACACGCAAUGAAAUACAAGUCUAUUCGAUUGAAUCAUUGUCCUCAACUCCUAAAUAUAACCUGUGUGCGACCUUGACUGGACACGAGGCUUGGGUCAGGUCUUUAGCUUUGACUGCGGCCCCGGAUGGUGAGUUUCUCCUGGCCUCCGCAGCCCAAGACAAGUAUGUCCGGCUUUGGCGCUUUCAGCCUGGGCUUGCUGCUGCUGCUGCUACUAAAGUGGCACCACCUGUUGAUCCGAAACACAACUCCACCAUCAACGAUGCAUUGACCGCGAAAGUCCAAAGUGUUUCUGCUGCUGAUAGCAAGUACUCAAUAACAUUUGAGGCUCUAUUGUUGGGUCAUGAGGACUGGGUGUACUCGGCGGCAUGGAGUCCAAACGAAUCGAAUCAGCGCCUACUAACAGCCUCGGCCGACGGAUCGCUGUCGAUAUGGGAGUCUGAUCCAGGCUCUGGGAUAUGGGUCAGCGUGUCUCGGCUGGGCGAAAUCAGUGGUCAGAAAGGAGCAACCACCGCUACGGGAUCCUCGGGAGGAUUCUGGACGGGUCUCUGGUCCCCUGAUGGACUGAUGGUGACGUCUUUGGGCAGGACUGGAAGCUGGCGGUUGUGGCAAUACAAUACAGACUCACAAUUCUGGACCCAGAAACACGGAAUCAGUGGUCAUAUCAGUUCAGUAAAUGGACUAUGCUGGUCACCGGACGGCGGCUAUCUGCUCUCCACGAGCUCGGAUCAAACGACCAGGCUCCAUGCUGAGUGGAAAAGGGGAGUGAAGCGGACGUGGCACGAGUUCGCCCGACCACAAAUUCAUGGGUACGAUCUCAACUGUAUAGCAAGCACGACACCUCACCAAUUCUCAUCGGGCGCAGAUGAGAAGCUGCUCCGUGUCUUCAAUGAGCCGAAAGACAUUGCGUCAAUGUUGCACAAAUUGUGCCAGAUCGGCUUGCCCCCAAAUGACGAGAUCUUACCAGACACCGCUGCUAUUCCGGUAUUGGGUCUGUCCAACAAAACCAUGGACGAUGCCAAGGAUAUGGAAGACGGCGAUGCAGCUGAAGAACUCGAUCCGGGCCUAGCAAAUGACGGGUUGGGCACUUCGCUGCCUCAUCUUGAAGAGCCACCCCACGAAGACCUGCUAUCUCGCCACACUUUGUGGCCCGAGCACGAAAAGUUGUAUGGCCACGGCUAUGAAAUAUCAGAGGCCGCCACGCCUGUGGAUGGCCGCGUGCUUGCUACCGCGUGCAAGGCAAGCUCGAUUGACCAUGCUGUGAUUCGUCUGUAUGACACAGAAACAUGGAACGAGAUCAAACCUCCGCUACCAGCCCACUCGCUCACGGUCACGAGACUGGCGUUUUCGGAGCAGCCAGGUGAAUUCUUACUCAGCGUUGGACGUGAUCGACAGUUUGCAGUGUUUCAGAAUUCAGCAAGCGGCGAUGUCAAGUCCUGGACCCGUGUUGCAAUAAAUGCCAAAGCUCAUUCUCGGAUGAUCCUGGAUGGAACGUGGCUACGAAAUGCUCGCCGUCCGACCUUUGCGACGGCAGGGAGAGAUAAAGUGGUUAGAAUAUGGGGCGGUGCAUUGAAGGACGGACGACUCGAAUUUAGCUGUCAAAUUUCGAUUGCUCGCAAAGUCUCGGUGACUGCCAUUUCGGCCGCUGCCAGUGGAGAUACAAACCUGCUGGCUUUGGGCGAGGAUGAUGGCGCAAUAUCAUUGCAUCUUGUCAAAUGUACUGAUGAGAUAGAGCUCGUCAAAAGCGGUGACAUCAACAAACAUCUCUGCCCCUCGAAAACAGUCAACAGAUUGGCUUGGAGACCGAACAAGGAGUCUUCAUGUGAUAGAGACCAAGGUCAUCUUGCUAUUGCUUCCUCUGACAGCUCUGUGCGCAUCUGGAAGGUUGAUUGGAGAAGUUGGGCCGAGUCAUGA